AACAGGAUGUAAACACAGAACAACAACACGAAGCUAACUUAGCUUUUUGUGUGUGUCCGCGGACUGACUGGGAACUUUGUUUCUUUCACACGUUGUUUGAACGGAGCCAUUAGCUCGCUGCAGCUAACGGGAGCUAACGGGAGCUAACGGGAGCUAACCAGCUAGCUGCCUGCGCGCUAGCGUUCAGCACAAUGGAUGAUAACAAGAUAAACACAACAUGGCAGGAAGCCAGGAUGAGCUCGUCCCCAAAAAAGGCACAGUGUCGUCGGUUGUUUGGAACUCGUUUGGUUUUGUGGCGUCCGACAGCGAACAAACUACGACCCACUGCAAAGUUUGCAAAGAUGGUGGCUGGUAAAGUAAAGAAACCUGGCAAACGCGGCCGCAAACCCGCCAAAAUCGACCUGAAGGCGAAACUGGAACGGAGCCGGCAGAGUGCGAGAGAGUGCAGAGCGAGGAAGAAGCUGAGGUACCAGUACCUGGAGGAACUGGUUUCCAGUAAGGAGAGAGCGAUCUGCGCCCUGCGGGAGGAGCUGGAGAUGUACAAGCAGUGGUGCUCAGCCAUGGAUCAGGGGAAGAUCCCCUCAGAGAUUAAAGCUCUACUGACCGGAGACGACCAGAAGAUUCCUCAAGGAGGCAGCGGCACCAAGACCAAGAACAGCAAGAACAACAUCAGCAGCAACGGUCAGGGUUGAUGUGGACGGACGGACUGACGGUCGACUGCUGUGUGUUCAUUACACCACCUCCCAUUACUCUAUACUCAAUGUAAUAUCUGAUCUCUGGUCAGUUCGGUCUCACAGUUACAAGCUGCAUUAAUGGAAGUUUAACACUUUGCUUUAUUCAAUAUUUACCUGUCUGUCCUCCUUCAGAGGGUCUGAGGUGGUUCUCUACAUACAGUCAAUCAAUCGAUCAGUCAUCAGUCAUUGUGAACAACUUUACAGUCAUUUAGAGGGCUCACAAAUCCAAAAUGUCUCUGAAGGAUUUCUGAAUUUGUUCUUCAGGCCUGAGAGGGUUAAAGCUUCUAUAUGUUACGGGAGCUAACAGCGCCACCAGUGGCCGUUCAGUGAACUGCACCCUGGGCGUCGGCCAACAAACACUGAACGCUGUAAAAUAACUGACAAUCAUAUUUAGAAUAACGUUACUAUCUGCAAUGUUCCUACAGUUUAUUUGGACCGUUAGCUCCAUGCUACUAACUAGCUGUUUAUAAAUCACCCAUCAGCCAACACCACCUUUGUGUUGUGGACUCUGUGUUGGACUCUGUGUUGGACUCUGUGUUGUGGACUCUGUGUUGGACUCUGUGUUGGACUCUGUGUUGGACUCUGUGUUGUUUGUAGACAUUAGCAGACUCCAUUUAUAAACUAACGUUAGCUAGUGUUGCCCACUGUUGGCACUCGGGAGCAUAAAGGUCACAACCUUUGACCCUCAUCCUACAUAGAGACACAUAGAGACACAUAGAGAUCAGUCCACAGGCAGCAGAGGAACAAAGCUACGCUACAACCCGUUCACUCUCUGCUGAUCAAUAAUCUGAUCAAUAAUCUGAUCAAUAAUCUGACAUAUGGAAGCUUUAAGAGGCUGAUAUGUUGUUUUUACUGACUGACUGUAUGUUAGAUGGAGGAUAAAUGAAACUGUACAUUGUUACACGUCUGGCUUCAGUUCGCUGUUGAAAAGCCUGUCUGUCUCUCUCUCUCUCUCUCUCUCUCUCUCUCUCUCUCUCUCUCUCUCUCUGCUCUCUCUCUCUCUCUCUCUCUCCCCGUCUCUCUCUCUCACUGUCUGUCUCUCUCCCCCUGUCUCUCUCUCUCACUGUCUCUUUCUCUCUCUCUCUCACUGUGUCUCUCUCUCUCUCUCUCUCUCCCUGUCUGUCUGUUGCUGCCCCUCCUGAUAUUGUAUUUAUACACUCGUUGGACGAUAAUGAACAUUGUGGCUUCGCAGUAUAUUUUUAAGAUGUGACUAAUUCCAGCUUCCUGUUGUAGCAUUGAGAUGAAUAUGAGAGGAAUCAGUCGGGAUAUAUUUUUGUAUUUUUUAAGAGGGGAAGCUCGCUGAGUUUGAGUGUUUCAGCAGAAGUUCCACUUCAGCUUUUUGACAGUAAAAUAACAACAGUGAUCAAUAAUCAAUAAGUAGUUUCCCAUUAUCAAUAAAAAUCCUUUGAAGCUCCUCGAACUCCUUGUGAGAAUUUGUGCACUUUGUAAAAUUUGGCAGAAGCACUUUGUUAGAUGAUUGUAGGUUGAAGCUUUGCAACAAUAUCUGUUUGUUUGUUAAAUAAAUAAAAGAGUUGAUGUGCCUGAUGGAAUUUA